AUGGUUUUUCGGUCUGGCAAGUCGCUUUUGAAGCUGCGCACUUUCUACAAAUCAGGUGCAUCUUUUUUGAGUGUAAAAAGGCAAUUUUUACUAACUGAUAUACGAAGAUCUGUCACAUACAAGCCAAUUAUCCUAACUAAUCAUGAUUGUCCGUUGUUGUCUUUCAAGCGCACUUUGUCUUAUCCUCCUCAUAUUGUGGUUAAACUCCCCAACUUGUCUCCCACUAUGGAGACAGGCACGAUUGUAAGCUGGGCUAAGAAUGAAGGUGAUGAGGUUUCGGAAGGUGACUUACUUGCUGAAAUCGAGACAGACAAAGCAACUAUGUCCUUUGAUGCCAAUGAGUCAGGAUAUCUUGCGAAAAUUUUAGCUCCUGCUGGAAGCAAAGAUAUACCUGUCGGAACAUCUCUCUGCAUUAUAGUUCAAGAUCAGAGUGCCAUUCCAGCUUUUAAGGAUUAUGUGACUGAACCCAUAAAACAAGUUUCUGCUUCAAAAACUACAGAAGCUCCCAAGCCUCCGACUACUCCUGCUCCUGAUCUUCAGUCCCCUCCUGUUACACCGAAACCUGUUGUUCUUGCUCCCAAAGCAACAGCAACUGGAGAAAGGAUUAUUGCCUCUCCACUUGCACGCCGUAUAGCUGCUGCAGAAGGAAUUGAUUUGAGACAGUUAGUUGGUACUGGUAUGGAUGGAAUGAUUCGUUCGACUGACUUAGGUGCUGCACCCGCUGUUAAAACUAGUACAACGGCUAGUCAAAUUUCAAUGAGUGGAAAAUUCGAAGAUAUUGAUGUUAGCAACAUGCGAUCAGUAAUUGCUAAACGAUUAACUCAAUCCAAACAAACUAUUCCACAUUAUUAUUUAACAAUGGACAUUCAAGUCGAUGAAAUUCUAGAAAUACGUUCUAAAAUCAAUUCAAAUUUGUCUAAUUUAAACAAAUCAACAUCUGAUGAACCUAUAUCAAAAAUCAGUUUAAAUGAUAUUCUUAUAAAAGCAGCUUCAUUGACAUGUUUAAAAGUACCCGAGUGUAAUUCAUCUUGGCAAGGUGAUUUUAUUCGACGAUAUCACUCUGUCGAUGUAAGUGUAGCUGUAGCUAUUCCCGCUGGAUUAAUCACACCGAUUAUCUUUUCUGCUGAUUCAAAGGGUUUAGUACAAAUCAAUAAAGAAAUGAAAACGCUAGUAACUAAAGCUAAACAGAAUAAAUUGCAACCUCAAGAAUAUCAAGGUGGAACAUUUUCAAUUUCCAAUUUGGGCAUGUUUGGAAUUUCCAAUUUCUGCGCUGUAAUCAAUCCACCUCAAGCAUGUAUUCUUGCUGUAGGUAGUACUAGACCGAAACUUCUACCAGACAGUAACAAUCCUAAAGGAUUUAAAUCAGCCAAUAUUCUAUCAGUUACAUUAUGCUGUGAUCAUCGUGUUGUCGAUGGAGCGAUAGGUGCUGCUUGGCUUAGUGAAUUCAAACAAAUCUUAGAGAAUCCAGCACUUUUUCUUAUUUAA